AUGAUUUCAUAUCCAGAAACAGAACAAUUUCGACAUGUCAUCACCGAAGUCACAAAACAUGUUCGACAAUCCGAGGAAGACCGAGACAAAGAACUACCGACAUUGAAAUUUAUUGGUACUGUGAAAUUACAUGGAACCAAUUCAGCAAUUGGUUAUCACAAAGAUUUAGGACAUUGGCUUCAAUCUAGGAAUAAUAUUCUUACGCCGCUAAAAGAUAAUGUUGGUUUUGCUCAGAGUAUGAAUCGAUUAGCAGAUCAACUUUUUCAUGAGUAUAUUCUUCCUGCAAGUUCAGUAAUUCGAGAAUAUUACGAGCAAGGUCGUAAAAUUGUCGUCUACGGCGAAUGGUGUGGUGGAAAUAUUCAAAAGAAUGUUGCUAUAUCUGGUCUACCGAAAAUGUUUGUGAUAUUUAAAAUACGAAUUGUUGAAGAAAUCGAAACAACAGUCAAAGAGGAGAACGAUCAAGAUGACACUGAUGAACGUACAACAAAAAUUAAAAAGCAUUCAGUUUGGAUUGACCCAAAAGAGUGGUCGAGUGUGAAAUGGCAUGAAAAAUCGAUUUAUAACAUUUAUGAUUUUCCUACGUAUGAAAUCGAUAUUGAUUUCAACUCUCCACUACUUUCACAAAAUAAACUUAUUGAAAUUACUGAAGAAGUCGAACGUCAAUGUCCUGUUGGUACAUAUUUCAAACAAAUAGGUAUUGGCGAAGGUGUUGUAUGGACUGAGUGGGAGAAAACUCGAGGUGGGUUAACAUUUAAAGUUAAAGGAGAAAAACAUUCGGCUAGUAAAGUUAAAAUAUUAGCACUGGUAGAUGCAGAAAAGUUAGCAAAUUUACAAGAAUUUGUAGAAUAUGCAUGUACAGAAAAUCGAAUGCGUCAAGGCCUUGAUUAUUUACGUGAACAACAAAUAACUAUUGAAAUGAAGAAUAUUGGAACAUUUAUUAAAUGGUUGGUAAAUGAUAUUAUCAAAGAGGAGAAAGAUACAAUGGAAGAGUCAAAUAUCGAUCCGAAAGAUGUUGGACGUGGAAUACAAAGCAAAGCAAAAACGUGGUUUCGGAAGAAUUUAUCUUAG